GAGAAGUCGCUGGAACGCGACAUGUCCGAAGCCGCGGGGAGGAUGGACAACGCCGCGAAGCGUAAGCUCCAAUCGAAGAUGCUCUUGGCGACGUUCGAGAUGUAUUUCCGCGUCCUCAAAAACGCGGCGUCGCCCGUCCCGGCGAAACGUUUGCCGCUGAUGACCCCGGCGUUGAUAGGCCUCGGAAAGUUUACGCACCUCAUCUCGGUGAACUUCAUGGAAGAUUUGAUGGAAGUGUUUCGUAAACUUCUCGCGGGCGACGCGCUGAGCGCGGACCAAAAAGCGAGGACGCUCCUGUGCGCGUGCGAAAUCUUGAGCGGCCACGGCGAAGCCCUGCACGUGGACACCGGGGAGUUUCACCGACAGCUGUACGCGAUGUUAGCCAAGCCGAGCGACUGGACCGGCGGCGGCGACGACGACGCGAAACUCGACGCCGGCGCGUUGCGCAUCAAGACGCUUCAAAGGUUUCUCGCGGGGUACAAACAAGUCGACCAGAACCGCGUCGCGGCGUUCGCGAAGAGGCUCGCCGGGACCGCGCUCGCAUCGGAAGCGGGCGAGGCUGUCGGCGCGCUGGGCGUCGCGCGGCAGCUCCUCGCGGCCUAUCCCAAGACGCGGUGUCUCCUCGAAAACGAAAAAGUCGGCGUCGGCGCGUUCGAUCCAAAUCUGGACGACCCGGAGACGUGCGUCGGGCUCGCCGCGGUGCUGUGGGAUCUGUCGCUGCUGCGGUCGCACUACCACCCCGCGGUCGCGGCCGCCGCGAGCGAGGUGGCGGGGAUGCCGCUUCAAGGCGCGGUGGCGACCGCGCUCGGAAGCCACGCGCCCGCCGAGUUGGCGCGACUGCAUAGCACGACGCGGGGGACGUUCCGACCCGCGAUU